AUGUCGGGCAAUACACCAAAAUCAAUGUCGAAUCGGCUCAUGACGAUGAAGUUCAUGCAGCGUUCUGCAGCGAAGAAUGUAGCAUCCUCGCCGACGACACCAAAUGGACCCGCUUCCAAGAAAGUGCGACUCUCGAACGGCGGCUCUGUUGCUGCAGACCACCAGAUCCUCCAAUCCGCGCUCGCUGAAGAGGCGAAGAAGCAGCAAGAAGCGCUCGACAAAGCGGCACUAUAUACCGGUGAAACGAAGUGGGUGCUCAGCUACAAUGAUCCUCUGGAAGGCAAGCGCGGGGAUGCUCUCACGGUCAGACAGGCAGGGUUUGCGGAGCUUGAUGCUGACGACAGCGAGGACGAGGGCGAGGAGGAGCAGGCACAACCAAUACGGAGACAGUAUGGCGGCGGUGUGAAGAAGGCAGACAAACCUGUAUUCGAGACAGCAAAAGGCUCAGAGGAUGAGGACGAAUCUGCUUCGGAAGAUGACUACGACUCGGACGAUCCGACCGCCGAGCUCAUACGCGAGACCAAGCGAGAAAUGUCCUCCAAGAAGCGAGAGUCGCGAAAGAGCCUGGGAGACGCGUCGCCGAGAACCGCUCCCAGACCGAUUAACCAAGAUGCCAAUCUCAACCGCCUGACAUCGCUGAGCGGAGGUCGCAAAUCUGGAGGACGUGACAUGAGCAGUAUGGAGUGCUUCAAAUGUGGACAAAAGGGACAUGCCAAGGCAGACUGUCCAAACCCAGCGCGCGGCUCUGCGGGCGGAGGCCGAGGCCGCGGCGGACGAAGGUAA